ACAAAAUCAUGGUCCAGGGGAGUAUCAAUGGGAGUACCUAAUAAUGCAAUAAAAAAUAGACAUUUACAAGAGGUUGCUUGUCAUUCAUUCGUAUGAAGAAAAUUAAUGGACAGGUUUACUUUUAAUCUUUUUGUCGAUGAUAAAUUUAAUUAAUUUAAUCACGAAAAAAUGUAAACCUAAACAAUUUUUUAAUAAAACUUUCUUACAAGUGGGAGUAUCAUUAAUACAUUUUGAGGUUAAUAAUGUAAAUACAAUAUUAACCUGUUUUAUAAUUAUAUGUAAAUAUAUUAGUGCUACAAAAUGUGUCCAGCACUGUUAGAAAAUGAAGAGCGCUGUUUUGGUGGAAUGACAUUUUUUGCACAAAGUCAUCCAGUAGAACUUUGCGGAAGUAAUGGUUUACCUCUUACACCAAACUCAAUAACUAUAUAUGGAAAAUCACAAUUUCUGAAAACUAUUCAUCAUCCAUACUUAUCUACUUAUCUGGAUAUAAUUAGAAGCAAACAUGAACGGAUAGUAGUUGUGACAGAAUACAAUGGUGACCCACUCAGCAGCAAAGAAAAUUUAAAUCUUGAUGAUAUUAUUAAAAUAGCAUUUCAAUGCUUAUUAGGAUUGAAACAUAUGAAUGCAUUAGGUUUGGUACAUAGACACUUAAGUUCUGAUAAUAUACUCAUUAACACAAGUGGAAAUGUGCAAUUGUAUAAUUUUGGAUUAUACUAUAUGACUGAUAGUGGGAGAAAUGUAUCUUUUCCUAUUGGAUAUCCAAAAUACACAGCACCUGAAAUAUUUUUAAGCCCAGGUGUUAGUAGUCCAAAAGUGGAUUCUUGGUCUUUAGGAAUGAUUAUAGGAGAAUUAUUACUAGGAAAAUCAAUAUGGCCAAAUGUGAAAUUAUCUCAGUGCUUGCGAAAGGUUCUUAGUUUAAUACAUUGUGAAACUUCUGUAUUUGAACGUAUUGCAAGAGAAAAUAAUUGUUAUCACAUUUACAAGGAAUUACCUGAUAAGGUAAAAGAGUUUAUAGAUGCCUGUCUUCAAAUUCAUCCUUCAAAACGUAAAACACCUGAGGAAUUGUUAAAACUUACAAUAUUUGAACAUUUUUUAUCAAAAAAUGAAAAAGAAAAAGAAGAAAGUCUUUACAAAAAUGUUAUAGUUAGAAAAAUGGAUGAAUUAUAUUACUUAUGGCAAUUAGCAGGUGGAGAUAUUACUGCAGAAUUAAAGAAGCAAGGACUUAUCAGAUCAACACCACCCAUUUUAUCUAUACCAAAUUUGGUAAUACUUUUAGGUCAAAUGUUUGGUCAAAGAGACACAGCAGGCUUACUUGAUUUGCGUGUAGUAAAAAUUCCGCUUGAUACACUACGUCAACGUCUAUCUCACAUUCCGUAUAUAGCAAAUUAUCCAUGGUUGACAAAUCAAAUGCGUAUCCAAUUACAGGAAGAUCUAAUGGAUGCUUCUUCACAGUUACCAUUAAUUAUAAGAGAAAGAGACACAGAGUAUCAGUUUUAUAGGAUUGUUUUGUAUGAUAGAUUAUUACAGGUUUACCCAAUUACUCGGGAAGCUAUCAUUGAAGAAGCACACAAAGAUAUACCUCCACCUGUUAGAGGAGCUGUCUGGGCAGCAUUGCUUGGUAUUACUGGUGAUAUUCAGAAACGUUAUGAUAUGAUUGACAAAGAAACUCCUACCCAUACAGACAGACAGAUAGAAGUAGAUAUACCAAGAUGUCAUCAAUACAGUGAGCUAUUAUCAUCUGGUGCUGGUCAUGAAAGGCUUCAAAGAUUACUCAAAGCAUGGGUUCGAAAUAACCCUCAUUAUGUUUAUUGGCAAGGAUUAGAUUCGCUAACGGCUCCAUUCCUUUAUCUCAAUUUCAAUAAUGAAGCUAGAGCAUUCGAAUGUCUGUCUGCAUUUAUACCAAAAUAUCUUCAUAAAUUCUUUUUGAAAGAUAAUUCUGCCAUCAUACAAGAAUACCUAGGAAAAUUUUCGCAAAUAAUAGCCUUUCAUGAUCCUCAGUUAGCAAAUCAUCUUAGAUCAAUUAACUUUGUACCAGAAUUGUUUGCUAUACCGUGGUUUUUAACAAUGUUUUCACAUGUAUUUCCACUUCAUAAAAUAUUGCAUUUAUGGGAUAAACUUUUGCUAGGAGAUUCGUCAUUUCCACUUCUUGUUGGUUUAGCAAUAUUAAAGCAAUUACGCGAUUCUCUGUUAACUUCUGGUUUCAACGAGUGCAUCCUUCUGUUUUCUGAUCUUCCUGAAAUUGAUAUAGAAUUAUGUGUUAAGGAUUCUAUGACGAUGUAUCAAACUACACCACCUAGUAUCACUUACAGAAAAUUUCAGUUCAAUCAACCUAAGGAUGCAAGUUGGUCUGAACCAGAACCAGGUACUGAGAAAAUGCCAAGAAUUAGUGUUGAUGAUUUUAUGAAUUUGUUAGAUAACAACCCUGAGAGAUUAAUAUCUGUAGAUAUACGUAAUAAUAUACAAUUUGAAAGAGGUGCUGUGGUAGGCAGUAUUAACAUUCCAUUUACUAGUGUACAACUAUCUCAAACUCAUAUCGAAACACUUGGAUCACAUGCAAAGCCGCUCGCUGAAAGUAAAAACAGUAUAGUUGUAAUUAUUGGACCUCAUGAUCAAAAUAAUGCGUUGUUUGCAGAUUUUCUUGUGAAAUGUGGCAUAACUGGUGUAUGUUCGCUACAAGGAGGAAUUUAUGCCUUACAAAAGAAAUUUCCGAAUGUUAUAGUAGCUGCGCGUUGACAGUAAUAUAUAAAUACUCCAAAUCCCAUUUUUGAUGUUUCUAAUUAUAAAUUUUGUAAAAGUUUAAUGACGCUUUAGUAUCUUACGAAAUUUUAUAACAAUGAGACAUAUAUAAAAAUGUGAUUACAAAUAUGUAUAAAACAUGUCUCAUAUAAGAAAAAAUAUUAAAAAUUUGUUAUACAUAUAAAGCAUACAUUAUAUCUUUAUAUACUUUCGUCAGUAGCCAUAGAAACAGAAUCAAAACAUUACAGUCAUAGUCUACA